CUCCCGUGAAGCCUCGCGCGGGGAAGGACCGGAACUCCCGGCGGGCGGCUUGUUGAUAAUAUGGCGGCGGGAGCUCCCUGGGCAUCCCGAGGAGGCAGUGGAGCCCACACCCGGAAGAAGGGUUUCUUUUUGGGAUAGUGCGCGGCGCCUGCGGACCCGGAAGUCCGGGCAGUUGCUGAAUGAGGGGAGCCGGGCCCUCUCCGCGACAGUCCCCCCGCGCCCUCCGCCCGGACCCGGGCCCUGCCAUGUCCUUCUUCCGGCGGAAAGUGAAAGGCAAAGAACAAGAGAAGACCUCAGAUAGCAAGUCUAUUAAAGCUUCAAUAUCUGCACAUUCCCCACAAAAAAGCACUAAAAAUCAUGCCUUGCUGGAGGCUGCAGGACCAAGUCAUGUUGCAAUCAAUGCCAUUUCUGCCAACAUGGACUCCUUUUCAAGUAGUAGGACAGCAACACUUAAGAAGCAGCCAAGCCACAUGGAGGCCGCUCAUUUUGGAGACCUUGGCAGAUCUUGUUUGGACUACCAGACUCAAGAGACCAAAUCAAGUCUUUCAAAGACCCUUGAGCAAGUCUUGCAUGACACUGUUGUCCUCCCUUAUUUCAUUCAAUUCAUGGAACUUCGGAGAAUGGAGCAUUUGGUUAAGUUUUGGUUAGAAGCUGAAAGUUUUCACUCUACGACUUGGUCCCGAAUAAGAGCACACACUCUGAACACAGUGAAGCAGAGCUCACUGGCUGAGCCUGUCUCUCCAUCUAAAAAGCACGAAACUACAGCAUCUUUUAUAACUGAGUCUCUUGACAAGAGAUUCGAGGAUUCUAACUCAGCUCAAUUGCUUAUGACUCAAUCAGAAGGAAUUGAGCUGAAUAGUAGAACUAACAACACUCAGAAUCACUUGCUGCUUUCCCAGGAAUGUGACAGUGCCCAUUCUGUCCUUGAAAUGACCAGAGCAGGAACUCAUCAAGGUUCCAUGGACAUCCAAGAGUCUUCUUCCAGACUUACAGUAGCCACUAGAAAUAGUCCCUCUUCUCCACUGAAGGAAUUAUCAGGAAAACUAAUGAAAAGUAUAGAGCAAGAUGCAGUAAAUACUUUUACCAAAUAUAUAUCUCCAGAUGCUGCUAAACCAAUACCAAUUACAGAAGCAAUGAGAAAUGACAUCAUAGCAAAGAUUUGUGGAGAGGAUGGACAGGUGGAUCCCAACUGUUUCAUUUUGGCACAGGCCAUAGUCUUUAGUGCAAUGGAGCAAGAGCACUUUAGUGAGUUUCUGCGAAGUCAUCAUUUCUGUAAAUACCAGAUUGAAGUGCUGACCAGUGGAACUGUUUACCUGGCUGACAUUCUCUUCUGUGAGUCAGCCCUCUUUUAUUUCUCUGAGUACAUGGAAAAAGAAGACGCAGUGAAUAUCUUACAGUUCUGGUUGGCAGCAGAUAACUUCCAGUCUCAGCUUGCUGCCAAAAAGGGACAGUAUGAUGGACAGGAGGCACAGAAUGAUGCCAUGAUUUUAUAUGACAAGUACUUCUCUCUCCAAGCCACACAUCCUCUCGGAUUUGAUGAUGUUGUACGAUUAGAAAUUGAAUCCAAUAUCUGCAGGGAAGGUGGACCACUCCCUAACUGUUUCACAACUCCAUUGCGUCAGGCCUGGACAACCAUGGAGAAGGUCUUUUUGCCUGGCUUUUUGUCCAGUAAUCUUUAUUAUAAGUAUUUGAAUGACCUCAUCCAUUCAGUUCGAGGAGAUGAAUUUCUCGGAGGGAAUGUUUCACUGGCUGCUCAUGGCUCUGUUGGCCUUCCGGAAGAGUCUCACUCAGGAGGUUCUGACAGCUCCACCUCUCAGUCCAGUGUGAAAAAAGCCAGUAUUAAAAUUCUGAAAAAUUUUGAUGAAGCGAUAAUUGUGGAUGCUGCAAGUCUGGAUCCAGAGUCUUUAUAUCAACGGACAUAUGCAGGGAAAAUGACAUUUGGAAGAGUCAGUGACUUGGGGCAGUUCAUCCGAGAAUCUGAGCCUGAACCUGAUGUAAAGAAAUCAAAAGGAUCCAUGUUCUCACAAGCUAUGAAGAAAUGGGUACAAGGAAAUACUGAUGAGGCUCAAGAAGAGCUAGCUUGGAAGAUUGCUAAAAUGAUAGUCAGUGAUGUUAUGCAGCAGGCACACUAUGAUCAACCAUUAGAGAAAUCUACAAAG